AUGCAAAAGACAGAGGCUGUCAUGGGGAAGAAAAAGAAAUGCACAUUACAGGUCAUCAUGGAAGAUGCUGGAAUAGAGAUUGAUGGACAAGUCGAGAGUGACACACAGAGUGAAGAAGAUGAAGGAAAGGAGAAGACAUCUAAGAAACAGCCCCGCAGGGAAACUGUCAGAGCAGGUAGACUUGAAAGAAAAAAGCCACAGAGAGACAAAGAAGAUGAAAGCAAAGAGGAAGAAAAUUGUCCCCAACAAAACAGAGCUUCUAGGAGAAAAAAACACCAAAAGAAAAAUGGUGAUGGAAAAAAGGCAGAAGCAAAAGAGAGAGACAAAAAGGCUUCUACUAAAGAUCAGAAGAAUUCAGAAAAUAAAGAAAAGAAAACAAAUAAAAAACGAAAGGAAGGGGAGAACAAACAGAAGAAAGGCAGGAAAAACAGUACUUCCUCUGAGUCUUCCAACUCAUUUGAUGAGGAAUCACUGUCAGAGGAAGAGCUUGCGAUGCUGAUGGAGCAGGUAGAGCAAAGGAAAAAACUGAUUUCCACCAUGAGGAACAAGCCCUGGCGAAUGGUGAAGAAGCUCUCAGUGCUCAGGGAUGCGCAAGCUUUUGUUGAGAAGUUUGAAGGAGCCCUAGGAAAAGGGAAAGGCAAAAAGCUGUAUGCGUAUAAGAUGAUGAUGGCAAAAAAAUGGGUGAAAUUUAAGAGAGACUUUGACAAUUUUAAAACCCAGUGCAUACCCUGGGAGAUGAAGAUAAAAGAAGUGGAAAGUCACUUUGGCUCCUCAGUUGCUUCCUACUUCAUAUUUCUGCGAUGGAUGUACGGUGUAAAUCUUGUCCUUUUUGGUUUAAUAUUUGGACUGGUUAUAAUUCCAGAGAUCCUGAUGGGAAUGCCAUAUGGGAGCAUGCCAAGAAAAACUGUACCCCGGGCUGAACAAGCAACAGCUAUGGAUUUUUCUGUUCUUUGGGAUUUUGAGGGGUACAUCAAGUACUCAGCACUCUUCUAUGGCUACUACAACAACCAGCGGACCAUUGGCUGGUUGAAAUAUAGGCUACCAAUGGCAUAUUUCAUGGUUGGGAUCAGUGUGUUUGGCUACAGUCUGAUGGUUGUUAUAAGAUCGAUGGCACGCAAUGCCAAUGAGAGUACAGCAGAUGGGGAUGAUGACAACUUCAUUUUCAGCUGGAAAAUGUUCACAAGCUGGGACUACCUCAUUGGCAACCCAGAGACUGCAGACAACAAGUUCGCAUCCAUCACCACCAGCUUCAAGGAAUCUAUCGUGGAUGAGCAAGAAAGCAACAAAGAUGAGAACAUCCACCUGAGGAGGUUCCUGCGGGUCCUGGCCAACGUCCUCAUCAUAUGCUGCUUGUGUGGGAGCGGCUACCUCAUUUACUUUGUGGUGAAACGCUCCCAGACAUUUUCCAAAAUGCAAAAUGUUGGGUGGUAUGAAAGAAAUGAGGUUGAAAUUGUGAUGUCCUUGCUAGGCAUGUUUUGCCCCCCCUUGUUUGAAACCAUCGCUGCACUCGAAAAUUACCAUCCGCGUAUCAGGCUGAAGUGGCAGCUGGGACGCAUCUUUGCCCUCUUCUUGGGGAACCUCUACACAUUCCUGUUGGCCUUGAUGGACGACGUCAAUGAAAAACUGGCUGAAGAAGAUGUUGUGAAGAACAUCACACGCUGGAUGCUGCUUGGCCACCACAACUCAUCCAUGGGGAACAGCAGUGCUGACACCCCACCUCCCCUCGAUCCUGCAGACAUGCCCAGGGGACCCUGCUGGGAGACAACUGUCGGCAUUGAGUUUGUAAGGCUCACAGUGUCUGAUAUCCUGGUGACCUAUGUAACCAUCCUGGUGGGAGAUUUUAUCCGGGCUUGCUUUGUCAGAUUUGUGAAUUACUGUUGGUGCUGGGACCUAGAGGCUGGAUUUCCCUCCUAUGCAGAGUUUGACAUCAGCGGCAAUGUUUUGGGUUUGGUCUUCAACCAAGGAAUGAUUUGGAUGGGAUCCUUUUAUGCACCAGGGCUCGUGGGUAUAAAUGUGCUGCGCUUAUUAACCUCCAUGUAUUUUCAAUGUUGGGCUGUUAUGAGUAGCAAUGUCCCUCAUGAACGAGUAUUCAAAGCAUCCAAGUCUAACAACUUUUACAUGGGACUUUUACUGUUAAUCCUGUUCCUCAGCCUCCUGCCUGUGGCCUACACCAUCAUGUCCUUGCCUCCUUCCUUUGACUGUGGACCAUUCAGUGGAAAGAAAAGGAUGUAUGAAGUCAUUCAAGAGACGAUUGAGCUUGAUUUCCCACUUUUUAUUGCCAAGAUCUUCAGCUACGUGGCAAACCCAGGACUGAUCAUUCCUGCAAUUCUACUCAUGGCCCUUGCUAUCUAUUACCUAAAUGCUGUGUCUGAAGUAUACCAGCGCGCCAACGCAGAGCUGAAGAAGAAAAUGCAAAUGCAACGUGAAGAGGAUAAAAACAAGAGAAACAACAAAAUCAACAAUAAUUCCAUGAUGCAAGAUCUGGAGGAUUUACUUGCACCAAAUACAAAGAGUGAAAUCCACCCCAAACAAGCAGAAGGCAAGAAAUAUGAGUCUCCUAAUCAAGCCGUCCCUUUUGGGAAACAAGGAAACGCAGAAGUCCUGAAUGGCAGCCCCAUGACUACUGGGAGAAGGGCAGUGUUCAUCCCGCCACCACACUUGCUUGUGACACGGCCACCAACACCAGGCAUCUGGGCACCGUACUCUUAUCCUGACAAGGCCCUGGCCAGGGGACACUCACUGGGACUGGUCCCUGGAAGGGGGAGAGGACCUCCAUGGCUACUCACAUGCUGCUUGAUAAGCUCAGCAACAUUGCUCCUAUCUGACAUUAAAAUAGAGUGUUGUGCAUGAACAAGAUUAGUUUUUUGCAAGAAAUGACUACUGUAUGUUGGUCCAUUCAUGAUGAUCUGUAUCUAACCCAACACUGAUUCUAUCCAAAAAAGUUUUUUUUGUUUUGUUUUUGGUUUUUGUUUUUAAAUCUAGAAGUUGCAACACUUUAUUGCUUGUUUUGAUCAUAAAGGGAAUGGGAGAGGGUUGGACUGGAACUUAGUCAUAGCAUUGCUAAAUUACUAUGUAGAAAAUGACCUUGUGACCACUAACAGCUGCAUGGUGAACACACCUUGGUGGAGUGAGCAUCUGUCAGACCGUUUAAAUACUUCUUCAGUUAAUAAAAACAAUAUGAGUUUACCUGUCAGUUCAAUCAAGAUUUUUUGCUGUCCCUACCUGAGGAAUUAAGUAGUCUAUAAAAGUGAGAUAUCCCUUUCCAGCUGCAUGGCAGCCAGUACUGGGGAAUAAAGGUCUCCUAAUAGACCAGCACAGAAGGAGGCUGUCAGCUGUAUUUUGUCCUUCUUGAUAGCUUUCCUCCUGUCUAUGCACUCCAAACUUUCAUCCUUUUGUUUCAGCUCUGUUGUGCAACCACUUUCCUCCGCCAUUUUCUCUGGAUUCUCACUCUGCUCCUCUUUAACAGUCCUGCUCACAGUAGUUCAUUAUUCAAUUCCUAGUAUAUGACUUCUGAUUCAGUAGGAUACCCAGCACAGUUGAGAGACUAAAAUUGCCUGAUUACAUGACAAAGCCCUUCUUUGUCCUCUGGAGCAUGGGCACUUGGUCUCUGCUGCUCCCUCAAGGUCGCUUCCUCUCGGUCACCUCUCUGCCCUUGCUCCAUGUGGGGGUCCCUCCCACAGGAUGACAAUCCUUCCCAAACUGAGCCUACUGGGCUGCCCACAGGCAGCAGUUCUUCAGAACUGC